CAGACCGACAGGUAGCCCAGAGAAUUAGUGCUGCUCCCUGAUUACUCUGCUGCUAAAUGUCGUCGAAGCAGUGACUUGAUUCCUUCAGCAGCCCGGUGCUGAGCUCCCGCCGGUGCCAGACCCUGCGCUUGGCACAGUGGGGGGCUCUGAAGAUCUAAAGUAACAUGGAUCUGCCCGUGGAUGAGUGGAAAUCGUAUGUCCUUCAGAAGUGGUCUUUGCUCCCGAUGUCGACUCAGGUCACAAUUUCUACAGCAGAGACUGUGAGAGAUAUUUUUCUUCACUCCUCUUCGCUUCUUCAACCUGAGGAUGAGAUGUUUUUAAAAAGGCUGUCUAGAGGUUACCUUGUGGGAAAGGACCCCAACGCUCCGCUUUUCUACAGAGAAGAAGGAAACAAAAAAUUUCAGGAGAAGGAUUAUAUGGGAGCCACAGUGCUGUAUUCUAAGGGAGUAUCGCAUUCAAGGCCUCACACUGAGGACACUUCACUGUGUUACGCCAAUCGCUCUGCAGCCCUCUUCCACCUUGGUCAGCAUGAAACAUGUCUUAAAGACAUCGUCAGAGCCCAGAUGCACGGGUACCCAGAAAGAUUGCAGCCCAAGAUGAUGUUGCGUAAGGCAGAGUGUCUGGUGCUCCUGGGGAGACUGCAGGAAGCAAGUCAGACCAUCAGUGAUCUUGAAAGUAACUUCACUGCCAAACCAACCCUAGCAGCUUCCCAGUUUCAGAUUCUGCAGAGAACCCUCUGUUGUCUGAAAAUGAAGGUACAAGAAAAGGAGAAUCUCACAGAAACCAUCUCAGCAGCUCUAACCAAAGCCUUUGCGGAUAUGGACCUAAGGGAAGAAAAUGAACAAAUUUCCAGUGCAUCAUCAUCUGUCAGCUUAUGCACAGACCCUUUAAAAGGCCGCUAUCUGAUUGCCACAAAAGGUAUUCUCCCAGGAGAGCUCCUGGUGAAGGAGGACGCUUUUGUGAGUGUCCUUAACCCAGGAGAAAUGCCACCACUACAUCAUGGCCUAGAGAGCAAGUGGGAUACCAGAGUUACCAAUGGGGACUUUUACUGUCACCGAUGUUUGAAGCACACUUUGGCUCCAGUUCCUUGUGAUGGGUGCAGCUAUGCCAAGUAUUGCAGCCAAGAGUGCAUGCAGCAGGCCUGGGAUCUCUACCACAGUGUAGAGUGCUCUCUAGGGGGGCUGCUUCUCACACUGGGUGUCUUUUGCCACAUUGCCCUGAGGUCGACUCUUUUAGCUAGAUUUGAGGAUGCUGGCAAAGUCAUAAGGAAUCUUUGUGGCGAGAUUAGUAACAAGGACACCUGUUUACCUGAAAGCAAGAAUCUGGUGCAAACACUCAGUUGUGACCUGGGAGGGGAGAGUGAGAAAAAUGGCAAAACAGUUGAGAACCCGAUUCCCGGGUGUGAUAUUAAUGGAAAGUAUGAAAGUAAUUAUUAUGCUGUCUUCAACCUUUUGCCCCAUACUGAAAACCAUAGCCCAGAGCACAAAUUCCUCUGUGCUCUGAGUGUUUCUGCACUGUGCAGGCAGCUCGAAGCAGCCAGUUCACAGGCCCUCACAACAGGUCCGACAUCCUCUAAGCUGAAAGCAGCAGUGGCUCCUGCGUUGGGUCCAGAGUUGACUCUUUGGGGAGUGGCCAUGCUGAGACACAUGUUACAGCUGCAGUGUAAUGCGCAGGCAAUAACUACCAUACAGCAAACAGGAUCUAAAGAGGACAUCAUUACCGACUGCAGGCAGGUACGCCUUGCCACAGGCCUCUUCCCUGUUGUCAGUCUCCUGAACCAUUCCUGCAGCCCCAACACCAGUGUGUCUUUCGUUGGCACUGUCGCCACCAUUCGGGCAUCACAGCAGAUUAGAAAAGGGCAAGAGAUUCUCCACUGCUAUGGGCCUCAUGAGAGCAGGAUGGGUGUUGCUGAGAGGCAGCGGAAGCUGAGGUCUCAGUAUUUCUUUGACUGCACCUGCCCAGCUUGUCAACAUGAGAAGCACAGAGCCACGGCAGGGCCCAGGUGGGAAGCAUUCUGUUGUCGCAGUUGCAGAGCGCUCAUGCAGGGUGAUGAUGUGCUGAGCUGUGGCAACACAUCUUGUAUGGAAUCAGUCAGCAGGGAUCAUCUAGUCUCUCGGUUACAAGACCUUCAACAGCAGGUUGGGAUGGCCCGGAAGCUUCUCAGAAAUGGCAAGCUAGAGCAAGCCAUUCAGCUGUUGUUGGGGUGCCAGCAGGAUGCUGAGAGCUUCCUGUCAGCAGAACACAGCGUGGUGGGAGAAAUCGAGGAUGACCUGGCCCAGGCCUACGCUGCCUUAGGGGACUGGCAAAAGUCAGCUACUCAUCUACAGAAGAGUCUCCAAGUGGUUAAGGUUCGCCAUGGGCCAUCCAGUGUUGAAAUGGGCCAUGAGCUCUUCAAACUGGCCCAAAUCUUUUUCAAUGGGUUUGCAGUGCCCGAAGCUCUGAACACAAUACGAAAGGCAGAAAAGGUUCUGUUGGUGCACUAUGGCCCUUGGAAUGAUGAGAUCCAGGAGCUACAAAAGAUGAAAUCCUGUUUAUUGGAUUUGCCGCCUGUCCCUGUGGGACCUUCGGUGUAGGAUCCCAAGGGGACUUU